GCAAAACCUUAAAUUAACGUUACACAGAUAAAACACCAGAUCAUCUUUGUUUGUGCAUAUAUUUAGCAUGAGGAAAAAACAUAAUUCACUGUCCAGAUCAUCACCAACGGCUAACGUUAACGUUACCGUAGUCGUAGCCUGCGGUUAAAACCCUUCUUUGAUGAGUGCUCGUCUCACGGGCGUUGAUAUAACGUUACGUUUACUUUUAACGUAACUUGAUGAAGAUAAGUUACUCGUGUAAUAAUUUCAGUGUUAAAUAUUUGUUCAAAUACGUUACCGAAGUUCACUGAAUGCUCCGUUUGAUCUUGGCUGGUGUGACAGCUCUCUCCAGCAGGAACCAGCUUCAGUUGUUUUCCUUCUUUCUGCCUAACGCUAGCGGACUCAGGAGGAAUGGUAGCCGGUUAGCUCUUCAGACAGCAGCAGUAGCUAGCAGAAGAUUAACUUAUUAACGUUAUUUGACAUUCGGUUGUUUUGUUAAAAUAAUGAAUUUACUACCGUCGAAUCCUCACGGGAAUGGGCUCCUUUAUGCUGGAUUUAACCAGGAUCACGGAUGCUUUGCCUGUGGAAUGGAGAAUGGAUUUCGUGUUUACAACACAGAUCCGCUUAAGGAGAAGGAGAAACAAGAGUUCAUGGAGGGCGGGGUUGGCCACGUGGAGAUGCUGUUCAGGUGUAACUAUUUAGCACUAGUGGGAGGAGGAAAGAAACCCAAGUACCCAACCAACAAAGUGAUGAUCUGGGAUGACCUGAAGAAGAAGACCGUUAUUGAGAUUGAGUUCUCAACAGAAGUCAAAGCAGUGAAGCUUCGGCGUGACAGGAUUGUGGUGGUCCUGGACUCAAUGAUCAAAGUCUUCACCUUUACCCACAACCCCCAUCAGCUGCAUGUGUUUGAAACCUGUUACAACCCCAAAGGUCUGUGUGUGCUGUGUCCCAAUAGCAACAACUCUCUGUUGGCAUUCCCUGGAACACACUCAGGCCAUGUGCAGAUAGUGGACCUGGCCAACACAGAGAAGCCCCCAGUUGAUAUCCCCGCCCAUGAAGGGGCGCUGUGCUGCAUCGCUCUAAAUCUGCAGGGCACAAGAAUUGCUACUGCAUCAGAGAAAGGGACUCUUAUUAGAAUUUUUGACACAUCUGCAGGUCAGCUCAUACAGGAGCUAAGACGAGGCUCUCAGACAGCUAACAUUUACUGCAUUAAUUUCAACCAGGAUGCGUCCCUUAUCUGUGUGUCCAGUGACCAUGGCACAGUGCACAUCUUUGCUGCAGAGGACCCCAAAAGGAACAAACAGUCAAGUUUGGCAUCAGCCAGCUUUCUUCCCAAAUACUUCAGCUCCAAGUGGAGCUUCUCCAAGUUCCAGGUCCCUCAGGUUCCCUGGUGUGCCUUUGGAACAGAGCCCAAUGCUGUCAUAGCCAUUUGUGCUGAUGGCAGCUACUACAAGUUUAUGUAACCAGAAGGGGAGUGUUCCAGAGAUGUGUACGCCCAGUUCCUGGAGAUGACCGAUGAGAAAAUAUGACCUUUGACCCCCCCC